AUGACCAGCUGGCAGCAGAACGACGCUCAAUACCGGUCGAUGGACAACAACACACAGCCCUACCAGCAUUUAGUACCUCUCGGGGAGGUGACUGUAGAAAGAGAGCAAGACAUCGCAUGGAUAGCCGAGGUCUGCGAUGACCUCGCGGGGAGCAUGUCGAGCGAGAUAAUGGCACGUAUCUCUCGGAUGAUCUGCUUUCAGGUUGCUUAUAUUCUUCGCGCACAGCCUUAUCGCUUCACCGAGGAUGUUCAUCAUCCGAUGGCCCGUGAACAAUUGAUUGCGUUCGAGGACGGGUUAGAGUAUGAUGCCUCCAUCCUUACACUAUGCGCGGAUACAAGCAACGUAUCCACCGCACCCGCACCUGGUCUGCACAUGGCAGAUCAGAACACAGAUAACAAUGAGUACGACGCUCGCGCCGACGGCGAAGAGGAUCUCCUCAACGAGCACGACUACGAGGUGCCGCUCAUGGCGUCUUCCUCGUCGGUCCUCCCAUCGGCAGCAUGGCGAGGGGAAGAAUUGGAUGGGGCGACGGUAUUACCCACCAUUAAUGGCAGCGCUGGCGAGGACUACGUCGACGUCGGAACCAGGGUGUGGCCAUCUGCAAGGCCGUCUCAAAUUAGUGACGCGUCAGCGGCACGUGGCGCGCGCGCCACCACGUCCAUUGAGCAUAGUCGCUCACCUCUCCCGCUUCCCGGACCCUCUUCGACUCCUACUACCACAUCAACGACGAUCCUCAUGGAAGAGGAACAAGAGUCUAAUUCUUGCCCCGGGAAGGGAAUCAAGCGCGGGCGUGAUGAUGAUAGUGACGAGGAAAACAAUGACAUGGCUCAUGUUGAGGUUACAACGAGCGUGGAGCCUACCCAGGAGCGCAAGGUCAAGAAGAUACGUAUUGAGCCCACGGAAGUGCCACACGUUACCUGUCCAGGCUGUGGAGGCAGCUUCCGCGAAGAUACGUUCGGACGCCAUUGGAGGGAUCAUUGCGGGAUGAGCCCAGAAAGAGAAAACCGGCAGCCGUUGAUCUGCGACGUCUGCCGGAGGAUGUGGCAGCCUGGAAACAACCGACUCAGGGACUUUUCGACUGAUCAUUCAUUGAGGCGUCAUGUGGUCCGUCGGCAUACAGAGGAGGACUGGCACGCAAUGCAGCGUGAGAGGGGCAAGAAGACUCGCCGAUCGCAUAAGAGAAGCAAAGGUGCCAGCCGGUAG